UCACACACGAUAAGUAUUUUUGUUGUGAAUAUGAGAAAAAAAAAACAAUAUUACAUUUUAAAUUGUAUGCCUUAAUGUCUUGGUUAUUGUUGUAGCCUAAUAUAUAAUACAUGUGUAUGCUUUAGGGGAGGAUAUAAGCAUUUAGCCGCUUCUUUAAUUUCAUGGGUCUAAAUGGUCUUCUACUCAAAGUUUUAGCAAUAACACAAUAUUACAUGAGUAAGUACUGCAUUCAUAAUUUAACUGAAAUAGAAACAGAGGUUUUAGCAGUAAAAUGUACUAUUAAAAGUAAAAGUGGUCACUAGCCAUUGGUGGCUAAUUUUACAACUGAUAUAUCAAUUAGUAUAAAGUCACAUUUUACUGUUUUAGCUUGUUAAGGCAAACUUAACCACUUUAUAUACUGUUAUGGGGUGGUUCAACCUAUAAUAUUGUGUCAUAUUGUUGAAGCUGAUCAUAUGUUUUCUAUGUAAAAUCCUGAUAUGCAAAGUAACUAGUAACUAAUAGCUUUCAAAAAAAAAUUGUGUGGAGUGUAAAGUACAAUAUUCCCGUCUGAGAUAAAUGUAGUGAGCCAUAAAGUCGCAUAUAAUAAAAUAAUCAAAUCAAAUGCAAUAACCUUAAAUUUGUACUUCAGUACACAAGUAAAUGUAGUUACAUUUCAUUAUUGCCACUCUUAGUACACAAUUUCAUAUUCGUCUAUCUUAUUAUAGAAGAACCGAUCACAACAAUGAAAUUACAAUGAAAUAGAAGUAAAGGAAACUUUUCCACAGUCAACAAUUUGCUUCUUUAAAGGUGCUAAAUUCAAAAUUCAGAGCAUAUGAUUGAGGGAUUGCCUCCACAUGGCUCUCAACAUGGCAAUGGCUGAGCUAUUGGCUAGUGGCUAACAGUGCUAACAGCACUAACAGUGCGAACAACAUCAACAGUGCUGACAGAGCUAACAGUGUUUACCUGAGGGGGAACCGCUAUGGGUCAGGAAGGCGUUAUCAGCUAACUGCCGUAUGAGCGCCAUGCAGAGCAUGCUAUAUUAAUGCUCUGAAUUUCGAAUUUAACACCUUUAAGUUUCAUUAAAAGUCCCAGUGGGGACAUUGAAUGUGCCCUAGUCUCUUUUAGAAACAGCAGAAAAUCUUCAAGAAAGACUGUGUGACACGGGCCAUGAACUAUAACGAGUGCAUGGCAUGACUUGUAGGUUUCAUUGGGCGAUGCAGAUCUCAGACACACAGGGCUCUUGGAGAAUGUGACAGCUCCUCCCUCCUCAGGGCUGAGUGGUCCACACAGGGAUGAGUUGGUCAUUUUGGGUCACUGGAAAUUGAGACAACUGAGACAAGGCUGUCGGAUGAAACAAAAAGGGACGAGUAAGCAGCAGAGUCCACAUGAAGUCUCUCUGAGUUCAACCUGCAUCAGUUUGAAAAACCUAUUACAUUUGACAAAUUUAAUAGCAAUAGACAUGUUUGUAAUUUACUGCUACUUUUUCGAAACAGUUGAAGGUCAUUUCACUAGUUUUCAAUGUGACUUACUUAUUGUUCAAGAUAUAAAGGGUAAAACAUCACAGGGCGGGAAGCUAAAAUGUUCAACCUGAAAAGAAGUUCUGGCUGUGCCUCCAUCAGUGAUGCAGGUGUUGUGCCUUUAACUGGAGUCUGUGACAUCACUGAUUGGGGUGGUAUGCUUGAAAAUGAAAACCAAGCAGUGUUAUAAACUGUGAUGUGGGGCAAAUUUACUUAACCCACAGAUGAACACUUAAUAGUUUUUCUGAAUCCGUUAAUGAGACAACUUCUAAUUCAAAAUCAACACAUUUGGAGACACAUGGUUUUCACUGGACAGGAAGGGUGCAAGAAGGUAUACAGAGAAAUGUAGUGGAGUAGAAAGUCAAUUAUUUGCCUCUGAUAUGUAGAGUAGAGAAGUCCGAAGUUGCAUAAAAUGGAAGUAAUAAUAAAUAAAUGAAAGAAUAAAAGUAAAGUACACCUAGUAUUUGUACUUAAGAACACAAUUUGAGCACAUGAGCGUUGGUUAACUCGUGGUGGGAGUGCUACUCAGCCUGUGAAAGCAGUUGUAUAAUGUCUUCUGUGGCUCUGGAGGAGCAUUAGCAAGUCUGAGAAAAAUAACCCCUGCUGAUGUCAUCAGGGUUAUCUCUGCUUGGGCUUGAGGCUUAAUAAAAAACUUUUUUUUUCCAAGGGGGUGGAGUUGAUUGAUGAUGAGUGUGACACAUACGGAUAUGGACCAUCUCUUUUUUUCUUUUAAACUUUUCACAAGUCCCCAAACGUUGUGGAAAAUUCUGUAAUAAAUCACUGUGAUCAACUAUGCUGUAGCUGUCAUGCUACAGCAUAGUAAUACUAAUAUUAAAACGUUGAUUUGUGCAUUUUAGGAGAGAAUCUGCAGCAUUCAAAACUUCUCCGUUUAGUCACCGAGGGGAGAAAGAGGGGCGCUCCGGGUUUACACACCGCAGACUGCGUGGUUUACACUGCUGUUAUGAAAAGCAGCCGCAGCUCGGUUUAGUGAAUGAGAGCAUUCUUCUGUACCAGUAACCAAUAACUUUUCUUCAUUCGGCGGUCCAAGUUUGACGCGUCAGCGAGGCGCGCCCACUGCACGUCUCCUCCCAACGGAGAUGGGUUUGGAUGGACUCACGGAAAGACUGCACAUGCCGCAGAAAGAGUUUUGAAGCCGAGUGGGGAAGUUACACUGACGAGGCCCGGCCAAAAACAAAGGUAGCUAAAGGGCUAAACCUUAGCAGUCACGUUCAUCCGGGAGCUCUCGGUGUUUUGGUCCAAAUACUAAUAAAAGGGAGCUCUGCACUUUUAGGGUUAGUCAGGACACACCCAGUCCUAACUUCAACACAGGAACUGGAUGAUCAGAAAGGUGGACAGGACAGACAACUCGAUCCUUCUGGAGAACAGCAGCGUAAUCACAGAGUGUGUGAGAUAGCUUCACCACAGAGGUUAAAGCUCUGCAAUAAUGGAUGACUCCGGCGAGGACUAUGGGAACUACACCUAUGAUUACUACCUGGAGUACGGAGACCUAGAAGAACUUAAAGUAGACCACAGGCAGAGGGAAACUAUGCACAUAAUCUCAGUGGUCAUUUACAUUAUUUCCUUUGUGCUUGGUCUGAUUGGAAACGGAACUGUUAUUUGGGUGAUAGCAUUGAAAAGCAAAAACACAGUCAACAAUGUUUGGUUGCUCAAUCUAGCCUUGGCAGACUUUGUGUUUGUGCUUUUCCUCCCCUUCUACAUUGAUUACAUACUGCGGGACUUCCACUGGGACUUUGGUGUGGUCAUGUGUAAGCUCAACUCAUUUGUGUCUGUGAUGAACAUGUAUGCCAGUGUGCUCUUUCUCACAGUGCUCAGUAUAGACAGAUAUGUGUCUCUGGUCCACCUCAGCUGGUCUCAGAGGUAUCGCACUAUAGAGAGGGCCUGGGUUGUAUGUGGUUGCAUAUGGUGGCUGGCUGCUGCCUUGAGCUGCCCUGCGCUGAUUUUUCGUGACACCAUGCGCCUACACGACAAGGUAGUGUGCUUUAACAACUUCCACACACAGGAUGGACACACAGUGGCGAUGAGACACAUUAUGAUAGUGGUCAUUCGUACCACUGUUGGCUUCUUGUUGCCUUUUACUGCCAUAUGUGUGACGGGUAUACUUUUGACAAUCAAAGUGAAUCAAUCUGGCGGCUCGGUUCGGCUGUCCAGCUUCUCCAGAACAGUCUCUGCAGUAAUUCUGGCCUUCUUUUUAUGCUGGGCACCUUUUCAUACUUUUAGCUUGAUGGAGUUAUCCGUACAUUCCUCAUUAUACCUGCACAACAUACUGAAAUCUGGCUUUCCUCUUGCCACCAGUUUAGGGUUUUUUAACAGCUGCAUUAACCCCCUCCUGUAUAUGCUCCUGGGCAAAAAGGUGCGUCAUAUCCUGAAGCGUGCAUGCCUGGACAUUACUAAGAGUUCACUGAGAGAGCUCAGCCAGUCGAUCUCUGCCACCGAGAUGGAGUCUGUGCCAGGAGAUCACCAGGACAGUGUCCCAGAGGAGCCUGUGGAGUCAUCAACUGUAUGAUUACUGUAGUUGUUGUCCAUGAAAAACAUGAAAGUAAGAAUGGCUAUUACUUUACCAUAAAUGUGGAGGAUUAUCGUUGCUGUUCUUUCCAGCUGUAGUGGCAAGAUUUUCCUAUUUUGUUUAAUUUGGACAGAGUUGUGCAUAAUUACUCUGAAAGGAAAAGCUGAGCAGAACUGUGCAUAAUGUGCACAUGGAGUUAAUAUAUCUUUCCCUUUAGUUUACAUUUGCACAACUCCAGUGAUUUGCAAUGAAAGAGGCGAGAAAAAAAUAAAAUAAUCUGCUAGUAUA